AUGGGCCACAGGAUCAAGGCAGUUAGGGCGAGAUUGGAUGAAAUUGGAAAUGAUCAGAUCAAAUUUGGCUUCACUGAGCGCCUUAUAGUGACACAUGAGUUUGAGCAUAGGAAAAGAGAAGACACACACUCUUUUGUUCGUGAGGGACAAGUCAUUGGGAGAGAGGGUGAAAAGAAGGUAGUUAAAGAGUUGUUAUUUGAUUAUAAUGUAGAAGAGAUCAUUUCCAUCAUUCCCAUAGUUGGGAUUGGUGGAAUAGGUAAGACCACACUUGCUCAGUAUGUGUUCAAUGAUGAUGAAGUCAAAAGACAUUUUGAGCUAAGACUCUGGGUGUGCGUCUCUGAUCCUUUUGAUGUGAAAACUAUUGUUGCAAAGCUCAUAGAAUCUGCAACUAAAAAGAGACCUGAAAGCCUUGAGAUGGAUUUGUUACAAAGUCAGCUUCGAGCAGAAAUUGAUGGGAAGCUAUAUUUACUUGUUUUAGAUGAUGUAUGGAGUGAGAAUCGCGGUACAUGGUUGAAGUUGGAAAUACUUUUAUCGGGUGGCCGGAAGGGAAGCAAAGUUUUGAUUACUACACGUAGCAAAAGAGUUGCAGAGAUUACAGGCACAAUGUCACCGUACCUUUUGGGUGGUCUAUCUAAAAGCAAUUCUUGGAAUUUAUUUAAGAAAAUGGCAUUUAAAGAUGGGGAAGAGCCAAAGAAUCCAAAGCUAGUAGAAAUCGGAAGGGUUAUCGUACAAAAGUGUGCACAAGUUCCUCUUGCUAUAAGGAGCAUUGGGAAUUAUGGAAUUGAAGUGGAGGUGUUGAUUCAUCUAUGGGCGGCUCAAGGCUUUCUUCAUUCAUCAUAUGGAAACAGGCAUCUUGAAGAUAUUGGUCGCGAGUAUUUUAUGGAUUUGCUUUGGAGGUCAUUUUUCCAAGACGUACAAAGAGAUGGACUUGGUGAAAUAAUAAAGUGCAAAAUACAUGACCUUAUUCACGAUCUUGCACAGUCAGUAGCAGAUUCAUUAUCGAAUAUUCCUGCUCUUCUGCCCAAGGCUAACAAAAUGAGAACACUUCUUCUAGGAAUUCCAAUACUUCCAGGAAUUGAUGAUUAUAUCAAUGAGAACAUUGCAAUACAUGAGUCGAAUAAGCCAAAUUUACAAACACUAAGACUUGACUUUUGUCGUGGGCUUAAAGAAUUGCCAGAAGACACUAGAAACUUAAUCAGCCUUAGGCAUCUUGGGUUAAAUGGGUGUAAUAGCUUGACUCAUAUGCCUUAUGGACUGGGAAAAUUGAUUGCUCUCCAAACAUUGGCGCUAUACAUUUUAGGGAAGAAAAAAAGUCGUCUCUCCAAGCCAAAGGGUGAGCUAAGGGAUCUGGAUGGUUUAGAUGAGUUGAGAGGAUUAUUAUGGAUCAAGGGUUUAGAGCACUCAAGAUCUUCUCCAUCGGAAGCAAAGACUGCAAACUUGGAGAGGAAACAACUUCGACAUCUCAUGUUAGAGUGGGACCCAAAAUCUAGUGAAGAAAGUGAUAAGGCAGUUGCAAACGAUGAACAACUGCUGCAAAACCUUCAGCCACACCUAAAUUUGAAAUGA